CCAAAAAAAAAGAAAAGAAAAACAGGAUUAAUUAACUUCCUAAAUUAUUUCUACGUUUCGCAUACAGAAACCAAGAAAGUGCCAACAACCAGAGCUUGCAAGCAAUCAUAAGUUUAAAAUUAUAUCUUUGAGAAAUAAGAGAAAAAAAGUGAAAGUAUUUUGUAAUCGAUAAAUUUAAAUACCAGAGUGUGUCUGUUGAAAACUUAUAACUGAGAUAAAAAAAGCUUGAACGACAAGAAGAAGGAGGAUCACCGCAUUUUUAAUUCAGCCGAGCAAAGUUUAUGUUUGUUUCAAUGAUGCAUCAAUUUCGAUUUAUCUUUCUGUGCAGUUUAUUAUGCAUCGCAUCAAUUAGAGCAGCAACUGAUGGUGAGACGAUAGAAGCUUCUAAGCUGUCAACACAAUCAACCUCAACAGAGACAUCAGUGAAGGUGUCAUCAAGUGAAGAAGUGAAUGGUGCAGAGCAUCCUUUUGAGACAUCACAUAAAAUACACCAUGAGUUCCAAACGUCACAUAGAAUAUCUGAUGAAGCAUUAAAACAACAUCAACAACAAGACCUUCAUCAAUCGAUGCGAUCGAAAGAGAAGCCAGAAUUGAAUGAACAACUUGGAGAGUUAAUUGCUGCAGAUAUCAAGAAUAACAUUGAAACGAAACGUCUGAGUGAAUAUGAACAUUAUGUCGUUGAACCAUUGGCAACGACAACUGAAAAGCCUGUUCUUACAACAACAUCUACAGUUGCACAACGAGUCAAUGAAGGACUCAUUGACGAUUUCUCGAUUCUCGAAGAAGCUGGAACAGAGAACAAACAAACUUCACGCAUUCAAAUUAAGAAAGGACCGAAUGGACAAGAUUAUGAAUACGAAUAUGUUUAUUAUUAUUACGAUGAUGAUGAGAAGAAUCCCGAAGAUGACGACAUCAUAAUUGGCAGCCGUAAAGGCCCAUCUUCAACGACAACUCAAGCUUCAUCUGGUAAAAGUCGAUAUUCAAACAUUGAACGGGGAUCGUCAACAUCCGCCCCAGAGCGUAAUGAAAUCCAAUCACGUGGCAAAGCACGUGCACAAGCUUUACCUGCUCCCGUUGUUGAAGAAAUUGUGGAAGAAAGACUCCCACAAGCCACCCGUUUCCCGCAACGUGCAAAAUCUGCUAAUCCAUCGGAGAAUGCUCCAGAAACAAGUAAAAAACAACACGUUAAACGUCCAAGUCUUGAACUUGUUGAUAGUCACAGCUUUGUCACCGAUGAAAAGAGUUCUAAAGGUCCACGAAUUGUCGAAUCUGAAUUAAGCAGAUCUGAACUCACAGAAACUGUUUCAAAAUCUACUUUUGAAUAUGCUUCAAGCACUACUGAAUCAUCGUUCGAUAAUGAAGACGAAGAAGAAGAUACAACGCCAUUAAUGGAGAAAUUUGCAAUUGAUUUGUACGCCAUUCUUGCAAAUGAAAAUGCAAGAGAAGAUGACAAGAAGAACACUUCAUCAGAAACUUCACCAGAAGCGUCAACUGAAACAACAAAACCGAAGAAUCGAUUCAGCAGACCAUCAUCGUCUUUCGGAUCAAGAAACUCUGCUGCAAGAACCUCAAAGACCACAAGUGCACCAGAAGAAGUUAAAGAGAAUGUCGAAAAGACUGAAGCACCUUCAUUAUCUUCAUCAAGAUUAGGAUCUAAAUCGAGAAAUCGUUUCAGUCUACGUAACAAAGAAUCAACAACCACAACUGAGAAAACAACUGACACUGAAAGCAGCACAACUGCAUCUCGUUUGGUUAAGCCAAGGCCUCAGUUUAGUUUACGUAAUCGUGGCCGAAAUAGUCAAACAACGACAACAACUGAAGCUACUGAUGUCAGCGAGGACACAGAAGAGAAGGAAGAGAAGGCAGUUGAGAAGGCAACAUCAAUUGUUCCACGGCCUACAUCGAGAUUGAACAUAAAUCGGCCAGGAAGUCGACUAUUACCAGGCCAAAAGGCACGCACUUCACCAUUAAACGCACGCCGAGUAACAACAAAUGAUGAAAAUAAUGAUGGCAAUAAAUUAGAGAACGAAAAUGAAAGUGAUCCCGAGACAACGACUCCAAAUAACUUGAAUAAAUUAAAGAGCCGACCACGCAUUCAAAUCAAUGGCGACUCGAAAGCAAAGAAAACCUCGAACGCGGUCGUCGUCAAUAGAAAAGUCAAUCCAUUAAUCUCAAAGCGAAAGUUUGGUGUUACAUCAACCACGGAAGCAACUGCUGAAGACGACAAAUCAGCAGAAACAGAAAGUGAUAAUAACAAUGGUAAAGAAGGUGGAAGUGAAAGUGAAGAAGUGAAAGAUGAUGAAACAACGCAAGCUGCUGAAGCAACGUCAGAACAGCCAGCAAGAGGAUUAGGUUUAUUAAAUCGAAGAAAAAUAGUGAAUAGAAGACCAGGCACAAUAAACUAAGACAACAACAGCUUACAACAUGAAAUGAUGAUAGUUAGAAAUUAAAUAAUUCUUUCUUUUACUCAACAAAUUUUUAAUUAAACAAAAAGAAAUAAUUUUGCAGUCAACGUAGAUAAAAUUGAUUAGGACUUUAAUUUCUUGCGCUGCCAACAACUUUUGUAACUAAAAAAACAUUAUUCAAAUCUAUGCU